GUCUUUUCUAGGUCUGGUUAAUCUUCAUUUAAAUAACCAUGGCAGAAGGUGGAUUUGAUCCCUGUGAAUGUAUUUGCUCACAUGAACAUGCCAUGAGGAGGCUGAUCAAUCUGUUACGACAAUCCCAGGCCUACUGCACAGACACGGAAUGCCUUCAGGAAUUGCCGGGACCAAGUCCAUCAGCUGAUAAUGGCAUCAGUGUUACAAUGAUCAUGGUGGCCUGGCUCGUCCUGGCCCUUGCCUUGUUCUUGAUGAGACCCACAAACUUCAGAAGAUCUAAUAGAGCUGAAAAACCAACCAGCCCACAUAAUGGACAAGAGCCACCAGCGCCGCCCGUGGACUAGAACACGCUGGAAAAGUCCAACCAGGAACGUUCAACAGCUGUAAUCUUGCACGGCCAAAUGGAUGAAAGUGACCAAACACUUUUUACUCUUAAAACCCAUAAAACAUUGUGUU